AUGGCAUCGCUCCCCCCGCGUCAGACGACAUCUGGUCAACGACGUUAUUCGCAACAUCAUGAUUCAUCCAGCGCAUACGAUUCAAGAGAAUCAAGCAUACUAGACGAUAAUACAAACUCAACAACAUCCACGCAAGAAACAGAUUCCAUUUUCCUCAAUAACCCAUCUUCACAUAUCGAUUCAUCAUCCUCGCCUUCGCCACCCGGAGACUCAACACAUCAAAUUCAUACGGCCACACAACAACAAGCCGAGAACAAGAGCCAACUAGUCGAACGAGCGGCAGCAACAACUGAUGAUGAGCCUAGAAAAUGCUGGAUCUGCUAUAGUGACGAGACGGAAGAUUCGCCGCAUAGCUCUGAGUGGCGGUCCCCUUGUCCCUGUGCAUUGACCGCCCAUGAAGCAUGUCUUCUAGACUGGUUGGCCGAACUCGAGAAUCCGCGAACACGCAGACAGAACAGAGGUGAUGUGCGAUUACAAUGUCCGCAGUGCAAGUCUAAAAUCGUCAUUUCACGACCGCGGAGCUACGUGGUCGAUAUCGUUCGGGCAUGUGAGAGACUAGCAGGGAAAUUGGUCAUCCCCGGAUUGGUGUUUACAUUUGCUGGGACAAUAUGGGCCGGUUGUUGUGCACAUGGGGUUUACUCCAUGUAUUUGGUUUUUGGUACAGACGAGGCGCAUAAAAUUCUCGUUCAUGGCGCGGAAGAUGCAUGGAGUCCUGUUCGAAACGUGGGAAUUCCUUUCAUCCCAAUUGUGCUCAUCUUUUCUCGUAUGUCAUGGGCAGAAGGUGUAUUACCUGCUAUUCCUGUGUUAUUCUUUGCAACGCACAACCCGACAGGCUUUGACCAAGGCACUCUUUGGCCACCAAGUGCUACCAUGACAUUCGCAGCUCUACCUUAUGUGAAGAGUAUCUACGGCGCCCUGUAUGAGAGAAUAUUCGGGAAGCUGGAGCGCAAAUGGAUUGCCGAGGUACAACCUAGUCGCGGCGAAGAAGAAGGACAACAAGGUGACCAGCAAAGAGGUGACCAUAGACCAGCCUUGGGUAUUGGUGGAAACGGAGGGAUUCUGAUGGAGAUUGAUUUGGAAUUACAGAUCGGUAUGGACGAUGACCGAGCGAAUCCUGAGGAGCCUGCCAACGUGCCGGACGCGAACAAUAAUGCGGACCAGCAGGCAGACCAAGCAAAUGCUCAAGGGGGAGCACAAAAUGGAGCACAAGAUCCGGAACAACAAAUACUUGGUCGACGUCGUCAGGAACUCGUCCACGAUACCAGCAGUCUUGCAGACACGAUUCUCGGCGCAUUACUUUUCCCCGCGAUCUCCGCUGGAAUGGGUGGGCUCUUGAAAAUAGCAUUACCGAAAUCAUGGACAACGCCACCAUCAGCAUUUGAAAGGGGGAGAGCAGGACUUUUACAAAGUCGAUGGGGCCGCAGUGUAGUUGGCGGAUGUCUUUUUGUGCUUUUGAAGGAUGCUUUGGUCUUGUAUUGUCGUUGGCGACUGGCGCAGACACAUCGCAAGAGACGAGUCCAAAUCGACGGCGAACGGAAUCAAUUGAAAAAUAUUUGGUCCUGCAGGAAGAAUAAAGAAUAUAGAUACGAUCGAUCAUACCCGCAAUAUACGAUGCGUCCACAUUCUCCCAUCUUGGCCUCUCUGGCCAACAUCUUCAGAAUCCCAAUCACAAGACCACAAGCACCAACAACGUCAACGAUUCUACAAACCCUCUCGAAACACAACUCACAGCAAACAUCGUCCUUUUCGACGACACCUUCCCUAGCAAAACGGAAAAGUGCAUUCAAGCCUGAUAAACGUAUUACAUUAAUAAGAUACUUCCUCUAUCACCCCCUCACACCCCGACCCCUCCGCUUCUCUCGUAACCGCUACCUCCGCCACUGGACAAUCCAUCGCGCCUGGCAACUGUAUCAAUCCAAACUGCGUACGGACCAGGAACGCGAACUCUACCGCCAACAACAAGCCAUGUCCUCUGCAUGCGAAGAAUUGCGAACUGCGUGCGGCGAGCGUGGGGCAAAGCUUUUCCGUAUUUCGAUGAAUAAGAAGGGUGUUUUCACGGAUUUGUUUCCGAUCGAAUAUGCGAGGUUGCAGACUGAUAGUCCUGGGAGGGAAGGGUGGAAUCAUGGGUGGAAGAGGGUGUGAUUUUGCCCCUUCUAUUAUUUCGGGUUGUUCAAAGAUGGAGUUGUUUGAUUAGUUGAAAAGGGGAAGGGAAAUGCAUGUCGAGAGGAUUGACCGGUUAUCCUGAUCUAUGGUUAGAUUCUUUUUCUUUCGUUUGUUUCUGUAUAUAUACAUGUGUACAAUAUCGGGCAAAAUAACCAUUGAUGCUCCAUUGAAUAACUAGGUAUAAGAAUAUUUCCUCAAGUUCAAUACAUACAACAGCCAAAAUGAUCAGGAAUUAUUUUCAGGGACGAAACCGAGAAGAAUAAAGGCAGAAAGAUGACUGGAAGGGAAAAUUGAGAAGGAAAUAAAGAGAAGAAGCGCCUGCAAAUAUAGCAAGAACAAACAUAAAACGCCGGAAAUGCGAAUUUGAUAUGGUAUCCAUUUUUGGGUCUGAAAUCGAGGUUGGAAAUGAUAGCAACGGCUCAUCAGUCGAGUCCACCGAACAUACAACGAACCCGGCAAAUCACAGAAUAACGCAGCAACCAUUGCGCUCCUUCUCAAAUGAUAAAAGUGCCGCACGAGUUGCAGCUUCAAAGACGUCGUCAACGCCCUCUCCCGUUAACGACGAGCAUUCAAGAUAUUUGCGAGCUCCAAUCUGCGCCGCGGUUUCGCUGCCUUCUUUAGGGGUGAGGAAUCGUAGGGAUUUCUUCCUCAUUUCUUCAAUGGCGACGGGGUCAUCUCGGAGGUCUUUCUUCAAGCCCACUAGUAUGAUCGGAACGUCGGGACAUCGUUCAUUGGCUUCUUCAAUCCACUGUG